AUGGUUGGAUCUAAUGAAGAUCACUUCUUGAAAGCUCGUUGCUGCACUGGAUCAAGUAGCCACCUCAUCGCUUUGAGUAGAAUGAGUCCCAUACUGGAAACCCACCCACAUGCCCGUCAGUAUGGCAUCGAUUUUUGGAUGGACCGCGAACGUUCUGAACGUGACGCUGGGCCCGAGUUGACUCUGAGUGACCUUUCCCGACCACCUGUCUCGCAUACAGCAUACCAGCGGCAAACACAUCUUUUACCCAAGAGUACAUGCAGGAGUGGGGCAGGAGGACCACAGGAAAUAUUCUAUUUUACGGCAUUUAAGUUGUUACGCGACUCAAAAUAUGGUGAACACCAUAUUAGGCAGUCACACGUGGUGCAUUUUAGGCGGUGA